AACACAGGUCGCGUUAAACAAAUGCCGUUUUGCCCAGUCGGAGAUGAGUCAAUACCUGCCUAAAGUUACCCUUCCGCCUCAGCGUCAGUGGCCAUGUCGGAUCCACCCACCCACCACCAGCAACAGUAGGCAAUAGGCCAAUAGCUGCUGCUGCGACGACGACCUCGGCUUUGGCGGCGGCGGCGGCGGGGGAGGGGGCGGUGGUGGCGACGGCAUGAAGAACUUCUUCAGGAAGCUCCACAUCGGGGAGGGGUCGGGCGAUGGCGCCUCCUCCUCGCCUCCCCAUCCUCCACCCUCUCGGAAGGGGAGCGGCGGGGUUGGGGCUCAUCAUCCGGACGCCGAGCAGAGGCAGCCCUCGGCAUCGGCGGUGUCGAGCUGGCUUGAUGCCGUCCCCGGUCGGACUCAGCCUCCCACGCCGCCGACACCCUCGGAGGCGGAGGGGUCGCCGUUCUCGUCGUCGGUAGGGUCGGGGGCGGCGGAUGAGAGGAGGCAAUCCGGAGCGGCUGAGAGGAGGAGAUCGCAGGAGGAGGAGUGGGAGAGGAGGCGGUCGCAGGAGGAAGAGGCCGUGAGGGAGAUGAGGAGGUCGCAGGAAGAGGAUGCCAUGGAGGAGCGAGUGAUAAGGGAGUCAUCGGAGGCGGAGGAGAGGAAGCGGGUCAGGGAGAAAGAGGACGACGACCUAGAGGAGUUCCAGCUGCAGCUGGUGCUGGAGAUGAGCGCGCGGGAUAAUCCAGAAGAGAUGGAGAUUGAAGUUGCCAAGCAGAUCAGCCUGGGCUUCUGCCCGCCCCAGAGCUCUUCCGCAGAGGCCCUCGCGGCCCGAUACUGGAAUUUCAACGCCCUUGGCUAUGAUGACAGAAUAUCAGAUGGCUUUUAUGAUCUCUAUGUGACUGGAAAUGGGCCAGCUUCGAUAACCAUGCCCUCUCUUAAGGAAUUACGAGCACAAUCACUUUCACAUAGGGUCAACUGGGAAGCUGUGUUGGUCCACAGAGGUGAAGAUCCUGAGCUUAUGAAACUUGACCAGGCGGCUGUAAUCAUGAGUCUUGAACUCCGUGAAUCUAAACCUUCAGAAUUUGUUGGAAAUGAUUUGGUCCAGAAACUUGCUAGCCUAGUUGCCAGGCACAUGGGUGGGACUUUUUUUGAUCCUGAGGGCAUGUUGGUGAAGUACCAGAAAAUGAUGAGAUACCUGAGGACCAGUAUUGGAAGCGUAGUUAUUCCUCUUGGCCAAUUAAAAGUUGGUCUGGCACGUCAUCGCGCGCUGCUAUUUAAGGUUUUGGCCGAUAGCAUCGGUAUCCCCUGUCGACUCCUGAAAGGAAGGCAGUACACUGGAUCAGACGACGGGGCUUUGAAUAUUGUGAAAUUGGAUGAUGGAAGGGAGUUCAUUGUUGAUCUCGUUGCAGAUCCUGGUACACUUAUUCCUUCAGAUGGUGCUGUUUUGUCUACGGAAUUCGAAGAAAGUUCCUUCUCAAAUAAUCAUCAUUUUAAUGAAGAUAAUGACCUCAGUCAGAUGGGAUCUUCUCAUAGUUUAGAGAAUUCUGCAGGUGGUUCUUUUGAAUAUGUGUUUCCUGACAGAAGAUCUACAUGGAGCAAUGUUGGUCCUUCUGAUACCGAUGGAGCUACAGCUAGCCAGACAAGUAAAAGCAAUCAACAAAAUACACUAUCAGCUUCAUUUGAUAUUUUAUCUGUUAGCACAUGCACCAGUGAAAAUAAGCCUAUAACUAGUGAAUCAGGAAGUACAAAUAACAUUGCUGCUGCUGCGAAGAACAAAGAAAGUUCAAGCGCAGCAAUUAAUUCUUUGUCAACUUCACCUUCUUCCCCAGAAGUGGGUAGUACUCCAGCUGUCAGGAGGAUGAAAGUAAAGGAUAUUUCAGAGUACAUGAUUAAUGCUGCAAAAGAAAAUCCACAAUUAGCUCAAAAGAUCCAUGAGGUUUUACUUGAAAAUGGAGUCGUAGCACCGCCUGACUUGUUUUCGGAAGAUUCCAUGGAAGAGCCGAAGGACCUCAUUGUGUAUGACACCACCCUUUUUCAAAGCAAGGAUGAAAUGAAAAAGAGGAUGAAUGAACUUGGGUCGAGGGAAUAUGCUGAUCGUGGUCAUGGUCCAUUACUGCCUCAUCAUCCUGGACAUGAACUCCCAUCAAAAGUUGUUCCUCAGCGUGCACCUCUAGACUCACUUAAGCCUGUUGAGGGUUUGGGCAUUUACCACUCCCCUGAUAUUCGAGAUAACACAUCUUUUAUUUCUCCGUAUGAACCGUCUGCACCUCCCCAGGAAUCUCCGUCACAGCUUACAAAGCAAUUGCCUGUUACGGCUGCUGCUGUUGCAACUGCAGCAGUGGUUGCCUCUUCAAUGGUUGUUGCUGCCGCUAAAUCAAACAAUGAUGUGAACUUUGACGUGCCUGUUGCAGCAGCUGCCACAGUCACUGCAGCAGCAGUUGUUGCCACAACUGCUGCUGUUAGCAAGCAAUAUGAACACUUGGAGCCUGGUAAUCAGCUGCAUAGUUUACCAAGCCCCUCUGAAGGGAAUGAAUCAGUUGAGAAAAUUGCAGACGACUUCUGGGAUAAACAGAAUUUUGAAAUUGACCAUGGUCAAGAUAAUAGUUUGGAACAAGAAAAAGAUUCAGUUGAAGUUCGCCAGGAUGCUGAAAGAACCUCAGAUAAAUCAAGCGGAACAGAGAGUGCAAAAUCUGAAAUCACCCUGGACGAUGUUGCAGAGUUUGAAAUCCAGUGGGAAGAAAUUACUAUUGGGGAACGCAUUGGUCUUGGAUCAUUUGGAGAAGUUUAUAGAGGAGAGUGGCAUGGAACAGAAGUUGCUGUAAAGAAGUUUCUGCAACAAGAUAUUUCAAGUGAUGCUCUGGAAGAAUUUAGAACUGAGGUGCGAAUAAUCAGAAGGUUGCGGCAUCCUAAUGUUGUUCUCUUCAUGGGUGCUAUUACUCGUGUGCCCAAUCUUUCUAUUGUCACUGAAUUUCUUCCAAGAGGUAGUUUAUUCCGGUUGAUUCAUCGUCCCAACAACCAGUUGGAUGAAAGAAAACGCUUACGAAUGGCCCUUGAUGUGGCCCGUGGCAUGAAUUACCUGCAUAACUGCACACCGGUGAUAGUCCAUCGGGAUCUAAAGUCUCCAAAUCUACUGGUUGACAAGAAUUGGGUUGUGAAGGUUUGCGACUUUGGUUUAUCAAAAAUGAAGAACAAGACCUUCCUGUCAUCAAGAUCAACAGCUGGAACAGCGGAGUGGAUGGCACCUGAAGUACUUCGUAAUGAACCAUCAGACGAAAAAUGCGACGUUUUUAGCUAUGGGGUCAUACUGUGGGAACUUUGUACACUGCUGCAACCUUGGGAAGGCAUGAACGCCAUGCAAGUUGUCGGAGCUGUUGGGUUUCAGAAUCGUCGCCUUGAUAUUCCAGAUAACACUGAUCCCGUCAUUGCAGAAAUAAUAACAAAAUGCUGGCAGACGGACCCAAAGUUGCGACCAUCAUUUGCAGAUAUCAUGGCCGCAUUAAAACCACUGUUGAAGAACAUUACCAGCAAUCAAGCGCCAAGGCAGAGAGUACAGCAAACAGACGAGUAAGAAAAAAGAGGAUGCUACCAGCUGCCCGAAGGCCUUAAGUAUAGCAUUGUUUUUGUUUUUUUGUAUAGUAACACCAAAUGUGUCUUCGAGAUUCGAAAGCGUGAUUAUGUUAAUCUUUCUGGGACGCUGGGUAUCCAUCUGUGAAGACCAGCGCUACCAGACCCGUCCACGGAGGAAAAUACAACGGCAGGAAACUGUGCAGUGCAGACGCGAGUCUAAUAUUUAGCACAGUGGGAACACCAUAGUCAGGAAAUCACAUGGAGGACUGAAGUUACAGGUGCUUUGUCCAUACCAUCUCUCUUUUCAUUUUGUCUCGUCUUUUCCACCAAAUGGUGGGUAUUUGUGUAAUAUCCCAAGAAAAAGAAAAAAAGAAGAUAAAUUUGCUGUCAAUCAAAGGGGAAAAUGAGAGGAGAAAACGGUUGUUCGGAUUU